AUGGGGCAAGCCGAUUCACGGCCUUUACAAGAAAUGGUUGAAAAUAUUACCGCCGAAGAAAUACAAAGACUUUACAAAAGAUUUAUGAAACUUGAUAAAGAUAAGUCAGGUUCCAUAGAUCGAGAAGAAUUUCUUUCUAUUCCACAAAUUGCCAAUAAUCCAUUAGCAUCAAGAAUGAUUGCUAUAUUUGAUGAAGAUGGGGGUGGAGAUGUAGAUUUCAAAGAGUUUAUUGCUGGAUUGAGUGCUUUCAGUUCAAAAGGAAACAAAGAUGAGAAAUUACGUUUUGCCUUUAAGGUAUAUGAUAUGGAUAGAGAUGGACUCAUUUCCAAUGGUGAAUUAUUUAUUGUAUUGAAGAUGAUGGUUGGCAAUAAUCUUAAAGAUAAUCAACUUCAACAAAUUGUUGAUAAAACGAUUAUGGAAGCUGACAAAGAUAUGGACGGAAAGAUUUCUUUUGAAGAAUUUUAUUCAGUAGUAGAGUCAACUGAUAUUGCAAAAAUUCCUACAACACCGAUUGACAAUUCAUUUGUGUUAUCUUCUAAUCUUUCUGAUGAUCAAAUUGCCGGUGUUGCUGAUCAAACGACUCAAGCACAACAAAGCGUUACUGGAAUCGUACCCACAUUACAAAAUAUUGUUGCUACAGUGAAUCUUGAUUGUAGACUUGAUCUUAAAACUAUUGCACUUCAUGCAAGAAAUGCAGAAUACAAUCCAAAGACGACAGCUUUGAUAUUUGCCUCAGGCAAGAUGGUUGUCACAGGUGCCAAAUCAGAAGAUGAUUCUAAACUAGCAAGCAGAAAAUAUGCUCGUAUCAUUCAGAAACUUGGAUUUAAUGCAAAAUUCACUGAUUUUAAAAUUCAAAACAUCGUUGGUUCUUGCGAUGUUAAAUUUCCUAUACGUUUAGAAGGUUUGGCCUAUUCUCACGGACAUUUCAGCAGUUAUGAACCAGAAUUAUUCCCUGGUCUAAUUUAUCGUAUGGUAAAACCAAAGAUUGUCCUUUUGAUCUUUGUAUCAGGAAAAAUUGUAUUAACUGGAGCAAAGGUUCGUGAAGAAAUUUACCAAGCAUUCGAUUCGAUUUAUCCAGUAUUAACGGAAUUCAGAAAGCCAUAA